AUUUGGUUGCCUAAUCCAAGGUCCGGCCCAAAAAAUUAAAAUGAAAAAUAGGCCUUUCAAAAAUUUUGACUGCUUCUUCUCGAUCAAAUUGCAAGGAUAGCUAUUCAGCUUGAGCCUAGAGCAACGAAGCAGCUAAAAACAAUGAGUUCCUCCUCGACAGCUCUUCGAGAACUACAGCGCGACCUCGAAAACAAAGCUAACGAUCUUAGCAAACUCCAAAAAGAUAUUGCUAAGAACCAUCAAGUCAGGAAGAAGUACACUAUUCAGUUAGGAGAGAACGAGCUAGUGCUCAAGGAGUUGGAUUUGUUAAACGAGGAUGCAAACGUGUACAAGUUGAUCGGUCCAGUGCUUGUGAAACAAGAUUUAGCGGAGGCCAAUGCCAAUGUUCGCAAGAGAAUUGAGUACAUCUCCGCUGAAUCGAAGCGACUUGAUGCAUCUCUUCAAGAUUUGGAAGAGAAAAAAUACAGCAAGAGAGAAGCGCAGGAAUUGAUGGGCCGUAUGAAGUAGAAGAGCAAUUUUUCAUACACAUAAAAGGCCAUAUUCGCUUGAAAGGGCGCGGGAUAUCUGUUUGUCGUAAAUGUUUCUCAAUGACCCAGUCUUAAAGAAACAACUUAAACGAUGGUGGAUUCAAAUAUCUUUAUAUUAAAUUGUUAAUGGUUUGAUAGUUUCGACUUAACGUGCAAUCUAUACACGAACAUGUCAGGUAUUGUAAACUUGAAAGAAAAGCUGAUGUAGUAUUUUUUAUUUGGAUUCAGACCACGAAUUAAAAUCUGCUAAUUAAUUGAAAUCUCGUAAAUAUGGGAUUUAAAUUUCAAUGUUUGGAACUUUUUUUUUUCUUUUGUAUGUUUUUUUCCGUUACCCUAUCGCAAUGUCAAACGACACGGUACCUAAGUAUAUGCACCGGUUUCCACCGCCCAAUCUGCGCGAGGGUCACUUUCCGGAUGUGAUUGUGGCAAUCUGCUUGGUGAAGGUAACGAACCGAUGCUGGAGGCUCGAGGGGCAUAUAGCCAUAUACUCGCAUGCCUACAUGCGAUGAAUCAAUAGAGAUGUAUGAAAAUGAAAGGUAACUAAACUAACACCGUCUGUCGGCACAUUGGUUGCCUUCUUACAUUUAUUCAAUCAAGUUUUUUAUUGUUCAUUUCAUCUUCAUCCCGACAUAAAACAUCAUUGGCCAAACAAGGCUUCAGUGCCUAAAAAGGAAGAAAAAACCUGAGCAUUGAUUUCAACGUAUAUAUCUACAAAGGUUCACCUAUGAUAUGAUCUUUGGCAAACAAUCUUGGGCAUUAGCCUCCCGUUUCUGGAGGUAACA